GGCGCCUACAACUUGUGGUGUCCCUGGUAAGAUACUUAUUCUACAAGUUUUAUAUUCCACAUACGACACGGUAAGAGGUAACUCAGGUUUUUCGUGGGUUUUUUUUUAAUUUUUGCCCAAUUCAAAUAUAUAAAUUUACAAGUAUUAUUACUUAAGAAACGAAAAAUACAAACAUCAUAAUCUAAUAUAAAAAUGUAACUGGUAUAACUGCGCAAGCAAUAAGUACAGAAAACUGUAAAACUUAUAGUUUUGUAAGCUUGAAAUGAUAAAUAAAUACACUAUUCAAAUGCAAAUGCAAAAAUGUAAGAAGUGACAAAAGUGCAUUUUUUGAUGGUCAACAUUUUUGAAACAUUUGGUUAAGCAUAUUUUUCAUCAUAAAUAAUCAGCAAGUGAAUUCCGGAAAUACUUUAUUACAAUUGUUGUGGAUCUUAAGUAAGACAUCUUGCGGACCGCAAUUAUUAAUACAGUGCGUUUAGCAAUAAUAUUUAUAUUUAAAUAUAUAAAUAUAAUUCUUACGUACGUGGACAAUUGUUGCGUUUUUUGAUAAAUUAGCGAGCACGAUAAGCUUAAUGAAAUUUAUGUAAAUAUGAUUUUGGAUAUCAUUUUUAUAAUGUUUUAUUGGUUCUCUGAUAACCAGCCGCUCUGUUCUUCUGUUGUGAUUCACAAUUUGUGAAUGUAACUGCAUAUUCAUUUAGAACGGUUUUCGUUGUUUCUUGUAUUUCCAUAUCGCACCUGGACGCAAUUCUCAUGUUUUUCAAAGUUAAAGUAAAUUAAAUUUUAUUUAAAUUAAUUUAAAACUUAAUGCUGGACAUUAUUGUCGAUAAUUGGGAAAUAUAGUUCACUGGCUGAAAUCCAGCGGCUGGAACGUUAGAAAAAAGCCGAAGAGUUGCGUCUCGAACAGCUCUUGCAGCAGCCAGUAGCAGUUUGCUCAGCAGAAAGCCCUUGAAGCCGCCAAGGAAGCAGCAGUCGCCGCUGAAUCAUCCAUACAUCGAUAGUUCAAACAUUGAUAUUUAUCAUCCACCUGUACCGCAGAGGCCACUGAAACACUACACUGCGCUUCUCACUCACAGACAGUGCUGCCAGAUCAUGCGAUAUUUUCAUCCCCUCCUGCUAUUACACUCCAUGCUAUUUCACCUCGAAAAGGGGUAGAAAUAUCGCACGAUCUGGCAGCACAGAGCACAGCUCAGUUUUUCUUGUUACUGCCAUCUUAUCGUUGAUACGUAGUAAAACUGAAUAUCUAGCUUUUCUACCUCGUGUUUCUUUGAAAAAAAUAUUUAAGGAAAAAUUGUGUUAGUAUAAAAAGUGUCGAGUUUUAAAAUGCCUUUAAAAAAAAUUGAACAAAACGUUCAUAAAGAAUAUCAUACAUGGAAAGUUGAAAAUAUGAGUGAAGCAUUCUCAAAAGUAAAUCGGGACACGUGCAACCACGAAUGUUAUGCUGUUAAGAAGACUCACUACUUUUCUACAAAAGUUCAAGAUCAUGCCGUUGACUGAUACGUCACAUUGAAUUUUUGUGAUAAUAAAUUGAAUUAUGGAUUCAAGAUAGAAUUCGACGCUGUUAAAAAACUAGAACCUAAGAAUCAUGUCACCUGUAAUUUUUACCUGAUCGAUGCCGACAAAAAUAAGUUUCUUUUUGGACGAAAGAACCGGAAAUUUGAUAAUUCUCCGGUUUCUUAUUUUCCUAGAGUAAGUGAAUGCUGUUUACCUUACCCCGAGUUACCGAACACAAUAGAUAAACUACUUCCAAAUGAUACGAUGACACUGUACAUCGAACUCAUAACUUACUUAAAUGAUGAUCCUAUAUUUCCUGACGAGGAUAUGAUUAGUAUUUAUUAUCCAGAUCCCAGUUUAUCAGAUGAUUUCUCGGAGUUAUAUAAAGUUCAAGAUGACCGUGAUGUAAUGAUUUAUGUGCAGGGUGUUGCAUUUCCAGUCCAUAAAAGAGUAUUGAAAGCACGGUGUCCUAAAUUAUAUGAAAUGGUUGAUCAUCAUCAACACAUGUCUGAUGGCAAUGAUAACAAAGUAGCUCUUACGGACAUAGAGCCAGAGAUAUUUAAAAGAGUUUUAGAAUUUAUGUACACUCGGAAUGUUGAGGACUUGGAUGAUCAUGCAGUAGGUUUGCUAGAAGCUGCUUCGAACUAUGAAUUAAAGAGACUGAAAAAUCUGUGUGAAGAAUCCCUCAUCAGCUACUAUUGUACCGUCGAAAAUUCUGAAGAAAUUAAAUCGUUGGCUGCUAAGUGUGGUGCCAGACUAUUGUUCGCGAACGCCGAUUGUUUACAAGAAGAACACGAAGAGGCCUAUCAACGUUAUUCAGAAAAUGGCACACCGGAGGAAUACAGUUCAUCAGACUAGAUUUUCUUUGCAUCACUAGAUAGCAAUCCAUUUAUUCAUCGCAGUAAGAUUUUGCUUCAUAAAAUUUAAUACUUUCC